GUGUACCAGAACUUAAUGAAGAGGGUAUUUCAAAAAUUUUUUCUUUAUAUGAAAUUGGCAAAAUACACUUUCAAAAAAUACUUGCUCAAGAUGUGUAUAAAACUGAGUCACGAAUAACUUCGAGACGUCAUGUAUGUAAUAUAAAUGCUUAUACCUAUGUACAACUUUUGGAAAGAGAGAAAAAAGCAAAUAAGCAAGUAAAUAACCCUACUCAAGUAUCUACUACUUAA